UUCCGAAGUUCACGACUGCAAAAUGUACAAAAAGUACAUAAUAUUUUAUAUUUUGCUGCACGCAUCCCACGUUCUAUCGGUAGAUACUGUUUCAGAUCAGCCCACAUCACAGCAAUCGUCAUCAAUCGCAGACUCGUCUAUUACACCGAAGCCACCCUCUGAUGUUCUGCCAUUAAUUGUAAUCAAAGAAAACCAUGUUUAUGUAGUGAACCCUACAAAAAUUUUAGCAGCUUUCACGACCGAAAACAGCAGUGUCCUAAAAGGCGGCACUAUAUUUGCCACGUCAACAUCACGCCCUGAUGAUCAAUCCUUCAUGUGUCCUCUUAAAAACUACGAGCAUAAAAAAGAAGAAACCAAAGAUCUUUCGAUGGAACACACAAAAUCUGACGAUGAAUACUGUUUGUUUCCGAUAUACUUCGAAACUUUAGCACCAUUACGAUGUUCGAAUCAACCUGAACCUUUCGUAGCAAAGUACUACUCGCCGAAAGGACCAGAUACUCCAACUGUCGGUUGUGGGGCAGCUGGUGAGGGUACAAUCUAUUCGUUUGUUUACAAGGCCUGCUUGACCGAAAAUCCAAUUAAAAACACAGAACAAUCAAAUUUGAUCAGUUCAACGAAAUAUCCAAUCAAAUUUCGAGCCCACUUAGAGACGUACAGGUUUUGUUACCAUGAAAGAAAACGAGAGAUUCUGUACACAAAACAUAAAAUAAUGUCACUCAAGCUAUUAAACGACGUUGAUUUGAAAAAUGAAAGAGAAGCAACAUACGAUAUGAUCACCGAAGGAUAUCCCAUUUUUGAUUCGCAAUUCGAAACAAUGAAACAACAAUAUGAUCGGUUUUUGAGAGAGAAUCCUUCACAUCGAAUUCAAAAAUUAGUACCUUCAGAUGACUUUGCAUUCGCUGUACUGAGAAAAACAACGUAUCAUUAUUUGAAUACAACAGUAAUACCAAACGAACACGCCGAAUUGUGGGAUCAUAUCAGCGAACUAAUUAGAAAAAGAGCCAUACAGGAUGAAAGACAAUACAUCAUUUACACAGCAGCAUUUACCUUGUCUCAAAAUACAAUUGAGAUCACCAGUGAUGGGCAACUUCGAAAACCAGACACCUGGAUCAAAAUUAUAUACGACAUUGACAACAAAACAAAAAAACUUGACAAUCAACGUACCGAAACAUUAGCCAUAAUAAUGAUUGAUAAUUUAAACGAUAAGUCUUUGGCAAAUUUUUAUGAGAAGAGUUGCAACGAAAAUUUAUGCGAGAAUGCUUUCAUUGAUAAAUUCCCUAAUGUUGGUAAAGUCAAGUGUUGUUCCAUGAGCAAUACAAUUGACAAGUAUUUCGAAUUGAAGCUGAAAGUAACAAAAACUAUGGACACUGAAUUUCUAUUUAAAACUACCCGCGAAGAUCAUUUUUUCAAUGAAAAUGCUCAUAUAGAAUCAAUGCUUAUUGGAUAAACAUCACAGUUUUCAAAUGUAGACCUCUAAAUUAUUCUUUAAACAAUUUUUUCAAAAAAAAAGACGCGCUUUGUCAAAAAAAAAGUAAAUUCUUUACUGGUAGGUAAGUAGUAAGUUGUUUCCAAUUGUCAAAAAAUUGCGUCCAAUGUUCAAAUGUUGGAAAUGGUUAUAAAAUUAUGGACCGAGUACUAAACGAUUUUAUAUUUCUUUUGUUUUUAUUCAAUUAAUUCCUCAUUCAUUUUUCAAAAUCAAUCUGACUUUCAAAAGGGUGUCAAACAAAUUUCCAAAAUUCAAAUGCAUGACUUUUGGCUUGGCAUGACUUUGUAUGACAUUUUCUCUUGAAAAAGAACCAAGAUUUAAAAUAUUUGACACCCCCCCCCCUUCCACAAAAAUUGGAACUUUUUGUUUUUAGAAUACGAGUACUUACUUCAAAAAAACAAUUAUGCAGUUUUCAACAAAAUUAUAUCAUUUAAUUUUUUUUUAAAUUAAUAAAAGAAUAAUUCAAAAAUUUAUUUUCAUCAUCAAGUUUACGGCUCCCUGCUCCUUUUAACAAAUUUCAAGUGAUGUUACUCGUACAACCAUUCCCAUAUUCAAUUUCGUUGAGUAAACUGAAUUUGAGUAUUUUUAAAUAUGUUUCAAUUCCCCCAAGACGCUAUCUUUUUAUGAAAUAAAUAUGUAGAUAAUUAAAAGGAUGUUCCACUUUUCAGAUAUGUAGGUAUCAUUAAUUAGAACGAUGUAAUUGGUCUCUUACGAGUCAUAAAUUAUUUCAUAAUUUAAUAAAAUAAUCUGUAUCGUGCUUGACUACUUAUUCAAUAAAAAUAUUAAAAAGUAUACUUAAGAGACUACAAACCAAACCGACAAUCAUUU